AUGUGUGACCGUAAGUCUAGUGAAUACGUACAAGGUGUGAGGUCAUUUAUACAGUUUGCCAAGAACAAUGGUGGUGAGAGGACUGUAUUUUCAUGUCCCUUUCGACAUUGUAUGAAUGGUAAAGGUUCAGUUUCACUUAGUGAGAUAUCAUUGCAUUUGCUCAAAUAUGGUAUUUGUUUGGCCUAUACAAUAUGGCGUCACCAUGGGGAAAGUUCAGUAGAAGAAGCACGGUCAAUACAUAGGGAUACAACAGGUGUGGGUGUGGAUGGGAAUGUUACAGCAGGUGUGGAUGUGGAUGAGAAUGUUACAGCAGGUUUGGAUGUGGAUGAGAAUGUUAGAGCAGAGAUGGAUGUGGAUGAAAAUGUCGGAACCAGCAGGUGUUGUAAGAAAAAUAGAUCAGCGGCUGAGCGGGAAAGAGAACCAUUAUAUCCUAAGUGUCCUAAAAGAAAGUCAGCAUUGUACGCAGCGACAAUGGUGAACAACAUAAAGACUCAUUAUGGGAUUUCAUAUAAUGGUACUAAUUCAAUGUUAGAAUUGAUGAACGAGUUGCUUCCCGAAGGAAACACCCUUCCAUGUAAGUUUCCAGAUAUCAAGAAGAUGAUUCAAGAGCUGGGGAUGUAUUAUGUAACUUACGAUGCUUAUGUAAAUGAUUGUAUACUGUAUUGGAAGGAUAAGAGUUCAUUGCUGAAGUGUCAUGUAUGUCAAGAACCUCGGAAUGUAAGAGUUUUCAAUGAUGAGAGAAAACUUACUCAAGUUUCGCAGAAGACGUUGAGUCAUUUUCCAAUAAUUGCAAGGCUGAAAAGGUUUUAUAGUAUACCAUGGAUAGCAGAGGCGAUGCUUUGGCAUUUUAGAGCACAAAAAGAUAUUUGUGUAAUGCGCCAUCCUGUGGACUCUUCAGCUUGGCAUUGUGCGGAUAAUUUAUGUCUAGAGUUUGCUAAGGGAGCACAAAAUAUUACUCUUAGGAUAACAACUGACGGCUUCAACCCCAAUGGAUGCUUUGGUCUCAGUUACAGUUGUUGGCCGAUGAUUCUCUAUCCGUACAACCUUCCUCCUUCGAUGUGUAUGAAGCGGGAGUUCUCUAUGUUAUGUUUGUUGAUAUCAGGCUUGAGAGCACCAAGUAAACGUAUCGAUGUUUACUUACAAUCAUUGAUAGAAGAGUUGAAAGAGUUAUGGAAUGAAGGUGUUAUGACUUUUGACAGCUUCACUAAUUCUGAAUUUCUGAUGAGAGCUAGGUUGUUAUGGGAAAUUCAUGACUUUCCAGCAUUAGGGGUUCUUUAUGGAUGUGUAACUCAUGGGUGUUUAGCUUGUCCAACUUGUGGAGAAGAAACAGUUGUUGAGUGGUUGUCGUAUUGUAAGAAGCUAUGUUAUAUGGGACAUCGAAGAUGGCUGUCAUCCAGACACAAGUUUAGAGAUGAUAAAACAAACUUCGGUGGAGUAGAACACGGUAAAGAUCCAUGGCCACUAACAGGAUUGCAAUUUCAAGAAAUGGUAUCUAAUUUGAAAACCAAACAGGGUAAGGGAAAAACACCAUAA